GAAAUGUUGAAUAGAAAGCCUAUACUAUUCUCAGUUCUUCUUUUCCUGUUCUCUCUCCCUCUCUCUCUCUCUCUCUCUCUCUCUCGUUAAGGCGUUGUUGUUUCUCGCUGCACGAAAUAGAAACAAGGAAACAAAUACAGAUGAUAUAGAGCGCGCGCAUUUACGCUCCGGAUUCCACUUACCGUUUUGGAUCGUUCUCAAGCUCAACAAUUUGUCUCUUUUUCUUCCUUCGACUUAUUUUGAGCUAAAAAUGUGAUGUGUGUGAUACGUUAACUUUUUUCUUGCACAGCUGCACUUUACAGGGGAUGAAUUUUCUGCACUUCAUGUUAUUGGAGCACUAAGUUUACUUGAGAGUAGAGUAUUUAUUAUUUUGGAAUAUUUGACAUAAAAGGCUGGGGAAUUUUUUAGCAUUGUUUUUAUGGCUUCAAGAGUGAUUUUGCAAAGGAAAAGGAGCCUCUUGUUCAAUCCUGUGAAUCAACAUGCUCGCUUUAUUCUUGGAUUCUCAAGCCUUGGGCAUGGUCAAGCAUUUGAGUCCAGUGAUUGCGAAGGUUUGAGUCAGUCUCCCUGCUGUUCCCCGGCAACUACCGGACACAAUAAACUGGGAAGAAGCUCAUCUCCUGCCCAAAAGAAUGAUUUAGCAGCUCUAGCAGCAUCAAGAAUUUUCUUGCAUAAUUACUUUAGGAUUUCAAAUAGUGGAUUUAGAAUUGAGAUUUCUCCAUCAAGAUCCAAGUGGUCAUUCCAACAUGUGCAUUACAUUUCCACGGCUUCAACUCAUCAAUCUGGAUUGGCUAGCAGUAAUGGGGGAAAUGAACAAUCAGAUGCUAAACAGAAAAAGGAAGCUUCACCAGAGGAAUGUGAUGAAGCUGUUCAAGACUUGAGUACUAUAAAAGCUAAAGCCAAGGCUAAAAAGUUGGAAGAAUCAGAUAAGAAUGCCGAAUCUAUUAUUAAGAGCUUAUGGGCUAAGAUUCUAGGAAUUGGUCCAGCUAUCAAAGCUAUUAUGUCAAUGAGCAGGGAUGACUGGGCCAAAAAGCUUCGCCACUGGAAGGAUGAGUUUAUAUCUACAAUGAAACACUACUGGUUUGGUACAAAACUACUUUGGGCAGAUAUUAGGAUAAGCUCCAGACUAUUGUUGAAACUUGCUGGUGGAAAAAGUCUUUCUAGAAGGGAAAGGCAGCAACUCACACGGACAACAGCUGAUAUUUUCAGGCUAGUCCCCGUUGCUGUAUUUAUCAUAGUUCCAUUCAUGGAGUUAUUGUUGCCUGUAUUCCUGAAACUAUUCCCCAACAUGCUUCCAUCCACUUUCCAGGACAAGUUGAAAGAAGAGGAGGCAUUGAAGAGAAGGCUAAAUGCAAGAAUUGAAUAUGCCAAGUUUCUUCAAGAUACCGUAAAAGAAAUGGCGAAGGAGGUUCAACAUUCACGAAGUGGAGAUAUAAAGAAGACAGCAGAAGAUCUUGAUGGGUUUAUGAACAAGGUUAGGACAGGUGCCCGAGUUUCAAAUGAUGAAAUUUUAGGGUUUGCCAAAUUAUUUAAUGAUGAGCUUACCUUGGAUAACAUUAGCAGGCCCCGCUUGGUAAACAUGUGUAAAUAUAUGGGAAUCAGCCCAUAUGGCACUGAUGCAUAUUUGCGUUUCAUGCUCCGCAAAAGAUUACAGGAGAUCAAGAAUGAUGAUAAAUUGAUUCAAGAAGAAGGUGUGGAGUCUCUUUCAGAAGCAGAGCUUCGUCAAGCUUGUAGAGAUCGAGGAUUACUUGGAUUACUUUCAGUGGAGGAAAUGCGACAACAGCUUAGGGAUUGGCUGGAUUUGUCUCUCAACCAUUCUGUGCCAUCUUCCCUCUUAAUUCUUUCUAGGUAUUUUAAUAUUUAUACGUUAACUUGUUAUCUAUUUGAGGAUUUUCAUUCUGUAAAGGUAUGCCUCACUCACACCCUCUGUAGAGCAUUUUCUGUUUCAGGAAAGGUGGGGCCAGAGGAAGCUGUUCAAGCUACACUGUCUUCUCUGCCAGACGAGGUUGUAGAUACGGUUGGGGCAACAAGUUUGCCUUCUGAAGAUUCUGUUUCAGAAAGGAAGAGGAAGUUGGAAUUUUUAGAAAUGCAAGAGGAGCUAAUCAAGGAGGAGGAAGAGAAAGAAGUGGAACAAGCCAAAGUGACAGAAUCCGUUGGUAGCAAAAGGGAUUUACCAUUGGAAGAGAUGGCUUCUUCAAAAUCUAAACAAGCACAAGAAGAAGUAAAAGCAAAGGUACUGGACAAGCAGGAGCAACUUUGUGAGCUCAGCCGUGCAUUAGCUGUUUUUGCAUCAGCAUCUUCAGUUAGCAGAGAACGUGAAGAAUUCGUGAGGCUUGUCAAAAAGGAGGUAGAUCUGUAUAAUAGCAUGGUAGGGAAAGAGGGUACUGAUGCUGAGCAAGAAGCUAGGAAAGCCUAUCAAGCUGCAAGGAAGGACAGCGAUCGUGCUAUGGGGAUAGCUUUGGAAGACAAGGUUUCUUCAGCACUUGCUGACAGGGUUGAUAAUAUGCUCCAGACACUUGAAAAAGAAAUUGAUGAUGUUGAUGCUAAAAUUGGAGACCGCUGGCGGUUGCUAGACAGGGAUGCUGAUGGGAAAGUAACGCCUGAGGAAGUUGUAGCUGCAGCUAUCUAUCUGAAGGACACGCUGGGUAAAGAAGCAGUUCAUGAACUUAUCAGCAACCUUUCCAAAGAUAGUGAUGGCAAAAUUUUGGUGGAAGAUAUUUUGAAACUGGGUAAAGAAGAUACAGAGGAAGAAACAAGAUCAUGAUAUUAUGUUAUUUUUAUUAUUUUCAAGGUAUUAGACAAGCUAGUUACUUCAUUUAAUUUGUGAGAUGUAUUUGACACACUG